AUGGCUACCCGACGACACCGGGCCAACUCGCCUGAAUUCCCCAUCCUCGAUGCAAAUGCCCUGUAUGCAAGCAGCAUCCGUGGCGAUGGCAACUGCCUGUUCAACGCCCUGUCCGACCAGCUCUACGGCCACCAAGACAUGCACGAGGUCCUGCGUGCCACCACCAUCGAGCACAUGAGGGAUUGUGCAGACUUUUACCGCCAGUACAUGGCCGUCAAUAAUGUGCGGAGAAAUCCCAAACGCAAGACGGCUGCUGCUGCUGCUGCCAAUGCCGCCACCAAGCGUCUCGACACCACCUACUACACUGAAGAGCAACUGCAGCAGCAGUUUGACCAUCAUGUAGAGAAGAUGGGUCAGCCUGGCGAGUGGGCAGACAACAUGGAAGUCUCGGCCUUUGCCUCUGCUCUCAAUGUCAAUGUCCGCCUGUGGCAGGCAGACUAUACCUACCUCUUCUCUCCACGCACCACCUCUGCAUCCAAUGUUGAUCCCGCUGCCGAUGACAAACGCCAGACCCUCCACAUUGCCUACCAUACUUGGGAGCACUAUUCCUCUGUCCGUAAUAUCGCCGGCCCGCACACUGGCAUCCCAAAUGUCAACGUAGUGCCAAAGCCAAUGUCCAAAAAGCGUCCGAGUCCUAGUGUCGAUGGUGACGAUGACGACCAACGCCAGCGCUCACGAAAGCGUCGCUCCCCCUUACCUCUGUUCGACUCCGAUUCAACGCCAGAAGGCACUGACAGCUCGUCGGAUGAAUCACAUGGGUUUGUAGCCUCGCAACAGUCGACUUUGCAGACCCCUCCACCCGAGCCACCAAGGCCAGUGAAGCUUACCAUCAAACUUCGCGGACUCCGUACCUGCGAUGCCUCCUCCACCGACUCAUCUCGGGAACCAACCCCUGCCCCCAAAACGACACUACACACAGACCCUCGGACCGUGCCCGCAGAAGCAUCACCACUCAAGACUCCUGUAGUGCCCAAGCCCCUCACCCCCUGUUAUGAUUUUAUUGUGUGA